AUGGAAGAAAGCAAGAAAAUUGUGAUUCGUGAAGUUUGGUCGUCUAAUUUGGAGUCGGAGUUCGAGCUGAUUGGUCGAUUAAUCGACGAGUUUCCGUUUAUUUCAAUGGAUACUGAAUUUCCUGGUGUUGUUUUCCGACCUCCAGUGGACCCCACCAACAACAGGAAUUAUUUCCGACAGCUGAAGCCGUCUGAUCAUUACAAGAUACUUAAGUCCAACGUUGACGCUUUGAACCUUAUCCAGGUUGGCCUCACGCUUUCCGACGCCGAGGGGAAUUUGCCUGAUCUGGGGACCGGUAACCGGUUCAUCUGGGAGUUCAAUUUCAAGGAUUUCGACCUUGAGUGUGACGCACACGCUCCGGAUUCCAUUGAGUUGUUGAGGCGACAAGGGAUUGACUUUGAUAGGAACAGAGAGGAGGGGGUCGACUCGGGGAGGUUUGCUGAGUUGAUGAUGUCGUCUGGGCUUGUCUGCAACGAGUCAGUGAGUUGGGUUACCUUCCAUAGCGCUUAUGAUUUUGGGUACUUGGUGAAGAUUCUCACGCGCCGGGACUUGCCGUCUGGGUUGGUGGAGUUUCUGAGGUUGUUGAGGGUGUUUUUCGGAAGUAAAAUUUAUGAUGUCAAACACAUGAUGCGGUUCUGUAAGAGCUUGUAUGGUGGGUUGGACCGGGUGGCCCGGACGCUGGAGGUGAACCGGGCUGUCGGGAAAUGUCACCAGGCCGGUUCCGAUAGUUUGCUGACAUGGCAUGCUUUCCAAAAGAUGAGGGAUGUGUUUUUCGUGAAAGAUGGACCGGAGCAACAUGCCGGCGUUUUGUACGGAUUAGAGGUGUUUUGUUGA